UUUGCUCCACCUACGCAAGCUUGACUCACGAGUGCCAGACGAACUGCUGUACGGGCGCAUGGGCUACCUCUACGCGCUGGUAUUUGUGAACAAGCACUUCGGAGAAGAUAAGAUCCCUCUGAGUCACAUCCAGCAGGUCUUUGAAGCAGUUGUAGCUUCAGGAGAGAGCUUGGCUAAAAGGAGGAACUUUACAGCAAAGAGCCCACUGAUGUAUGAGUGGUACCAGGAGUACUUCAUAGGGGCAGCCCAUGGUUUGGCUGGGAUUUACUACUAUCUCAUGCAGCCUGGCCUUGGAGUGAGCCAAGUAAAGCUGUAUAACACAGUCAAACCCAGCGUGGACUACGUCUGCCAGCUCAAGUUCCCAUCUGGCAAUUACCCUCCAUGCAUCGAGGACACCAGAGACCUACUCGUGCACUGGUGCCAUGGGGCACCAGGUGUUAUCUACAUGCUUGUUCAGGCCUACAAGGUCUUUGGGGAAGAGCAGUACCUAAACGAUGCCCUGCAGUGUGCAGAAGUAAUCUGGCAGUACGGGUUACUGAAGAAAGGCUACGGGCUGUGCCAUGGGACAGCUGGCAAUGCUUAUGGCUUCCUGGCGCUGUACAACCUCACACAGAACAUGAAGUACCUGUACAGGGCCUGCAAGUUUGCAGAGUGGUGUUUAAGCUAUGGGCAGCAUGGGUGCCGGACUCCAGACACGCCAUUCUCUCUUUUUGAAGGAAUGGCUGGAACCAUUUACUUUCUUGCUGACCUGCUGGUGCCGACCAAGGCCAAGUUCCCUGCAUUUGAACUCUAAACCUGAGCUUGGCAGUUUCCUGCCUGGAUCCUUCUGCACUUGGACAAGCAGUUCGAAGCUGCUGGUCUCCCUCUUUCAAACUCAUCGUUGUUCACCUCACUGAACGUAAAUCCAUCCGCCCAAGUGCUCUACUAUUUCUAGUAAUCUUGUUGCAUCGUUUCAUUUUUAAAGGCAGAAUGCAGAUGUUGCUGGUGUCUCUCAUCAACGCAGGGCAGCAGGUGGGAGCAGGGAGAAAGUGUACAGUAUUUUGUUGGCUAUAGAGUUUUGCUAUUUUCUGCAACCCAUUUCCUGGGAGAAAGUUUUUAUUGAAUG